AUGCAGACGCCUGCCAAUAGCUCCAAUACGGAGCCUUUCCCCGCUGUCGUCGAUCCGUUCCGGCCACUCGACGCCGAGGCUUCCGCCAACGCAGCCGCCAACGGCCCGGCCGCCUCGUCGCCGCUGAGCCGAGGCCUGCGCCGUGCCUCGAAGAGCUUUGAACAAUCCGAUCCACCCGAGGGAUGCUUUGCCGCGGCCGGAGACUUGGCUUCGUCCCUGCUGUCAGGCCAGGCCGCACGGCAGCCAGGCGCAUCCUCGAUGGGCGCCUCGGCCGUUCAGCCGCCAAAGCCGGGUGAUAUAGCCUUGCAACAAAUCUCACGAGGACCCAAGAGCGACGUCAGCACCGCCUCGCAAACGACGACCGCACUGCCGGGGGAGCCUCCUGGCGCCGCCCCUUUCCCCAACGGCUACCACUUUCCUCCCAAGCAUACGCUCGGCGAGUCCGUCAAGCUGGGCACUCUAGCCCUUUAUAAUUACUCCCUCACGCCAGUAGGGUUUCUGGUUACGAUAUACGGUCUCAACGUGGUUGCCUGGGGUGGGAUGCUGUUCCUGCUUCUCUGUAAUGCCUCGCCGGCCAUGUGUUACCCAACUUGCAACGACAUCGAAUCACCAAGGCGAAAAUGGGUCGAAUACGACUCUCAAAUCCUCAACGCUCUCUUCUGUGUCACAGGCUUCGGGCUGGCUCCAUGGCGGUUUAGGGACCUAUACUUCUUAUUGCAAUAUCGGCUUUUGAAGAAGGAAAGAGGCCUGCGUCAGCUCGCCGGGAUACACAGAGGGUGGUUUCGGCUAGCGAACUCUGACCAGCUGCCGGUCCAUCUCGGACCGCAGAACAUCCACGACGAGUCGCCUCAGGCUGUUCCGCAGUCGGCAAUCCCGCAUCCCGAGAAGAAGAUUCCCGAUCCCCCUCUGACUGGGAUGCGAGCCCAAGCCACAAAGGUUUGGAAGCUUGACCUCGUCAUCUGGCUGAUGGUGUGGAAUACGUUUUUCCAGUGCUGCCUGUGUGGGUUUAUGUGGGGAAUGGACCGCUUCAACCGCCCUAGCUGGGCCACAGGCCUGUUUGUCGGACUCGGUUGCGGCGUCGCAGCCGUUGGCGGGAUCAUGAUGUAUCGUGAGGGUCGGGCAGUACGGAGUAUCGAGGGAAUUGUCGUAAGCGAGAAGGAUAAGGAGCGGCUGAAGCGGGACCGGGAACAAGGCAUCUGGCACUACAACAAUAUCAAGGCCAAAGAAAUUGGAGCAAAGGGAUCAGGAGGUGGUUGA